AUGGCCGUUGACCCGUUCCUGGGCACUAAGGCCCAAAAAUCGUUCAUUGCUACCAGUCCGUACACCUGCUUCAGUCUUACAUGUGCUGUUGGUCUGAUUCUCAUCUUUCUGCCGCCCGCAGUCGUUGUUCAGGCGAUUGUUGUGCUAGUCAUGAUCUCGAUCACGUUCCGUUUGGUCGCUGAGCAUGUGGAUUUCUCAUCGACGUCUUACUACAAGGUGCUAGUCCCCGGACUUUUAGUGAGAUCAUCCGGGGCUUACGCUCUUCCAGACCCUACCAUGCUAUAUGGCCCUGUUCCUGCUGGCCGAGUUCGUAUCCGCAUGCUUUUUGAGCUAGCCAUGGCAUUCGAUGCGCUCCGACUGCGGAACGUCAUUCAACUCGUUGGCAUAUUGGUUUUCCAUGCCGCUCUCAUCGUGUUCGCGGCCCUCCAAGUUCACGAGACACGUACAGCAUUGGUUAGACUCCAAGACUGUGAUGGAUCGGUCGAUUUCGUCAAAUGUGGGGGUCCCCAUACUCUCUUCAGGAAAGUGGAACCGUUCCUGGUGGUCGUGCCCUGCAUCAUCGCCUUGGCGUGGCUGGUACUAUUAUGGUUCGUCAAGGCGCUGUACGCCGAAUUUGGAUGGGCCAUCUUUCGUGUCGUCGGAGCCAACCCAGCAACGAAGACGAUGUACCAGUUCUAUCAGAUCAUGAUCUGUCUGUUGAAGUUUGACUUCUUCUGCUUCACGGGCGUCACGAUCCAGCUUCUCAUCAUAGUCCUCAGCAGCAGCUCUGCGGAGUUUGGUCUUACAGUUACUGCUAUACCUGUUGUUCUCGUUCUCCUAUUUGGCUGUGGCGUUGCUGUCCAGAGAGAGAUCAGAUGGAUGAUGAUUUCGUCAUUGGUAUUGAUGCUGGCUGCGGAGACGUAUUUGUACAAGCUAGUCCGAUUCUUCGAGCCUUCUUCAGAAGCGCAGUAUGAGACGACACGCGCAACACUCACUACCUUCACUAUCGUCGCGUUCCUGCUCCUCCUUGCCACAUUCGGCAUAGGCCUUCGGUGUCUGAACGAUUUUGGAAAGGGUCUUGUAAGCUCGAAGACUUAUGAUGCACCCCUCUUCAGGCGCAAGCGCGGCUCAAAUGCCAACUCAGAGCCGAAAGAGGACGGCGGCGAGCUUGAGCCGCGCCUAUCUAUCGAAUGA